CGUGGCAAGCCCAGAUUUGUUCCGGUAACAUUGUUGGAGGAUUCACAAGUUAUCCGAACGAUGUCCUUCCAUCCAAGUGGGGACGUCUAUAUUGUUGGAGCCAACUCAAAAACAUUGAGAUUGUGCAGGUUUCCUCAGCUUAAUGAUUUAAGAGAAGAUCAUGUAACUGAAGCGACGGACAUUUUAGUAGAGAGAACAAGGCAUCACAAAGGUUCCAUCUACUGUGCAUCGUUCAAUGGUACUGGUGACCUCAUAGUCACUGGCUCCAAUGACAAGAGCAUAAAGAUCAAUCGUUUCAAUUUUGAAGAACUCUGUAUUGUAGGUGCUGACACAGAACUGAAUAUCCACGAUGGUACAGUGAGAGAUGUGACGUUUAUAAAAGAACAGAAUAUGUCGAGCGGCAGUCUUCUGAUCAGUGGAGGGGCUGGAAACUGUCAUAUUCACAUCACUGAUUGCAACACCUCUCAAAACUUUAGGGUUUACUCUGGACACACUGGGCACAUAUAUUCACUGUAUUCAUGGGGAAAUUGUACGUUCGUGAGUGGCUCGCAAGACAAGACAGCUCGGUUGUGGGACUUGAGAACAUCCAAUGUUGGCGUCAAUACCAUGAUUAUAAUGAACACAGGUGGAAGUGCAUUCGCAUCAGUCUGUGUGGAUCCAUCGGGUCGAUUAAUGGCGUCUGGCCAUGAAGACGCAAGUUGUAUGCUGUGGGAUGUCAGAGGCAACAAAGUCGUGCAAGUCUUCAGGCCUCAUCAUUCAGAAAUCAGAUCUGUCAGGUUUUCCAACAAUGCAAAUUACCUCCUGACAGCUUCGUAUGAUCAAAAAAUUGUUCUCUCUGAUUUGCACGGUGAAUUGACAGGAAAAUUGCCAAGUGUGGUUGUAGCCGAGCACAAAGACAAAGUGAUCCAAUGCAAGUGGCAUCCGACCCAGUUAUCAUUUGUUAGUACAUCAGCCGAUCGCACCGCCAUCUGUUGGGGCCUGCCUAUGAUUUGA